AUGAUAUCCUGGCCAUUGGAGACGCCGGGCAGGGGCACGACGACGACGACGACGACGGACGAUGAUGGAGAUACGGCGCGCAAGACGAAGAGGAAGAGGUACGGCUUCGCACGAAACAAGCAGAAUAAAGGGGCGCCGAACAGCCCCCCGCCGAGUCCACCCCCGACGCCCCGACCGCCGCCGACGCCGCCUCGCACGCCGCCCCCUCCGCAACAACAGGACGGCACCGGCUCGGCACCGGCGCAGCGAGCGGAGAGGCCCGAGGCGGAGACGGGCUCGGAGGUGGUUGCGCUGCCACCACUGCUACUUAGCGUGAUGACGGCCAAGGUGCAGAGCCCGAGGCGCAAGCCGCUGCCCGUACCGCCGUCCAUCGCGCCGCCUCCAUGCUCCCGCUCGAGCAUCGCGACGACCGCCUUGUCCGUGUCGCCGUGCUCCCCGCGGUCCCCUCUGGACGUCGAUACGCCCCCGCUUCCGUCACCGUCGUGGUCGUUGCGGGCCUCGUCGUUUCCCCUGCCGCCGCCGCCGACUCCUCAGCCGACGAGGAGCAACUCCGCGAGGGUGGCUGCGGCAGCAGUGGCAGGAACAGCAGGAACAGCAGCAGCAGGAGGAGGAGGAGGAGGAGAAGGAGGGCAUGGGAAUAGAGCCAAGGGAAAAUGGGCAGGUAAGCACAGUCCUCGCCCAGACUCGACCACCCUGCCGCGCUCCCCGUCGUCGUGCCGCCACUCGUUCCCGCCGCGGAGCAGCUCCCUCGACCCGGAACGCUUCUACGCCCUGCUGCACCACCACCAUCAUCAUCGCCGCCCCCGCCUCCGCUGUCGACGCGACGAUACAGAUGCCCCGAGGCCAGCCGCCGAAUCGCAGACACAGACGCAGUCGCAGACGCACUACUGGCUCCCCGUCGAGGACGUCCUCGCCGGCCUCCCCGGGCGCCACCACCUACCCCCGGGCCACUGGGAGGCCAUGCUCGACCUGGCGCACGCGGUGAGGCUGGCCGACGCGCGCGACAGCGGGUACGACUGGGUGCAGCUCGUGACGGGCUGGUGCGAGGAGGACGGGGGGUGA